CAGUUUACAUCUUGUAGACAGCUUAAUUCCACUAAUGCUGACUAGUUAGUAAGUAAACAUAGGGAUGAGACGCGGCCACUGUAGAAAGCGUCUGUAGCGCACGCGGCUUUAUGAGAUUGCGCAGACAGACACGCGCUAACGGGAUGAGGCACUGGACAAGCUGAAGCGUUUCACAAACCUCUGAUCUUUACACAGCACAAUAACUAAAAACAAACAAGCAAAACACUUCAGACGGAACAUUUCUAUUAAAAACAGCACGGAUAUCGGCUAAUGAUGACUAUAGACGCGCCAGUGAUUUUGUCCGCACUUUUCUUCACAAUUAUUGCCAUCAUAGUUGCGUCGACGCUUCUGUCGAGGAAAUCUGCGCCAAAGAAAGAAACCAAGAGACGCGAGGAGGAGAUAUCAGAAUUUAAUCAAUCCAGAGACAGAGAGGAGACAUCUGUUGCUCAUGUAAGAGCUGAGAUACAUCAACAAACACCUGUGCAGGCAGCGGUAGACAUAGAGGAGAAGAUAGUCACUGAGCUAAAAAAUGAGGAGGCCGUUACAGUCGCCCCUGUUAUUGAGGAGGUUGAUGUUGUGGAGGAAACAUCUGCUGUGGAGUCUGAAGUCAUCUCUGUUCAAGUGGCACCUCUUCAGGCAGCUCUAGAGCCAGAGCCUGUUCCUGAGGAUGAUGUAGAACCCACACCUGUGGAGAAGCUCAGGCAUGCACCAGAGACAGUGGCUGCGUUAAUAGAGGAGCCAGUGGCUGAAGCAGUUACAGUGGUGCUCAGGUCCGAGUCUGCCCCUAAGCCAGAAUCUGUGACCAUCCCUGAACCCGAAUCUGUGGCUGUCCCUGAAACGAAGUCUGUGCCCGUCUCUGAACUGGAAUCUGUGCCAGUCUCUGAACCGGAAUCGGUGCUCGUCGUUGAACCGGAAUCUGUAUCCAUCCUUGAAACUGAAUCUGUAUCCAUUCCUGAAACCAAAUCUGUGCCCGUUUCUGAACCAAAAUCUGUGCCCGUUUCUGAACCAAAAUCUGUGCCCGUUUCUGAACCGGAAUCUGCGCCCAUCUCUGAACCAGAAUCUGCGCCCGUUUCUGAACCAGAAUCUGUGCCCGUUUCUGAACCGGAAUCUGCGCCCGUCUCUGAACCGGAAUCUGAGCCCGUCUCUGAACCGGAAUCUGCGCCCGUCUCUGAACCGGAAUCUGCGCCCAUCUCUGAACCAGAAUCUGCGCCUGUCUCUGAACUGGAAACUGCGCCCGUCCCUGAACUGAAAACUGCGCCCGUCUCUGAACCAGAAAUUGCGCCAAUCUCUGAAACGAAAUCUGUUUCUGUCCCUGAAUUGGAAUCUGUGCCAGUCUCUAAACUUGAAUCUGUACCCGUGCCUGAACCUGUGCUUGUCUCUGAAUCCUUGCCUGUCCCUGAAUCCUUGCCCCUCCCGGAACCUGUCCACAUCUCUGAGCCACAAUAUGUGCCUAAAGCAAAAUCUGGCUCUGCUCCUGAACCAGAAUCUGUGCUGUCACUAGAAUCAGAAUUUGCACCCAAUCUUGAGCCAAAGUUUGCACCCAUCCCUGAACUGGAAUCUGUGCCUUCCUCUGCAGUGGAAUCUGCACCCAUACCUGAACCGCAAUCUGCUCCAAUCCUUGAAUCAGAAUCUGCACCCACCCCUGAGUCAAAGUCUGAACCCAUCCCUGAAUCAGAAUCUGCACCCAUCCCUGCAUCUGCACCUAUUCCUGAAUCAGAAUCUGCACCCAUCCCUGAGCCAAAAUCUGAACCCAUCCCUGAACCGGAAUCUGCUCCAAUCCUUGAAACAGAAUCUGCACCCACCCCUGAUUCAAAGUCUACACCUAUCCCUGAAUCAAAAUCUGCACCCAUCCCUGAGCCAAAGUCUACACCCAUCCCAGAAUCAGAAUCUGCGCUUGUCCUUGAACCAAAAUCUGAAUCCAUCCCUGAACCAGAAUCUGCUCCAAUCCCUGAGCCAAAGUUUUCACAUAUUCCUGAAUCAGAAUCUGCACCCAUCCCUGAGCCAAAGUCUACACCCAUCCCAGAAUCAGAAUCUGAUCUUGUCCCUGAACCAAAAUCUGAAUCCAUCCCUGAACCAGAAUCUGCUCCAAUCCCUGAGCCAAAGUCUGCACCCAUCCCUGAAACAGAAUCUGCACCCAUCCCUGAGCCAAAGUCUACACCCAUCCCAGAAUCAGAAUCUGAUCUUGUCCCUGAACCAAAAUCUGAAUCCAUCCCUGACCAGGAAUCCGCUCCAAUCCCUGAGCCAAAGUCUGCACACAUCCCUGAAUCAGAAUCGGCGCCUGUCUGUGCACCGGAAUCUGUUCCCCCCUCUAAUCUCAAAUGUGCACUCGCCUCUGAGCCCACCCCUGAACCAUCAUCUGUGCCUGCCCCAGAGACCUCUCCAGCAGCUGAAACUGUUCCAGAGAUCUUAGAGCUUAAUGAUGUUGCAGCUGCACCAGCGGUAGAUGAUGGUGAGACCCCUGCAGUCGUGCCCGAUAAAAAUAGGACCACCAAGUUUGAAGGGAGAUUGACCAAAGAAGAGAUGGAGGAAGAGCAAAGGAUAGAGUUCACAAAUGACUUUACCUCUCUUUAAACGUCAGCAGGCGAUAUUGCCUGUUUCAGGUCACUGAGUUGCCGAGUAAGCAGAACUUGGUGGGCAUGGGGAAAAAGUGCCCUAAAAAUGAAUCUUCAAGACCUUUGCAAAGUGACAACUUUUAUUGACUGUGUCAAAAAAGAAAUUGUAAUAGAAAAUAAUCAUUGCCUUUUUAGUCUUUUUUUUUUUUGGUGUAGGUCACAUUGCAAUUCUGCCUAUGAAUAGUGAGCUUUAUCAAGCAAAAUGCCAAAGAAUAUAAAAUAAUUAUAUUAUUUUUAUUAUUUAAUUGUUGUCAUUAGGAAGCUUUCUUUUAGUUUAACAGUAUUGGUAAAUGUCCCUAACAAAAAGAUUUAAGACUGUAAAUAGAGAAAAUGCAGUUUACUGUUGUUUUUGUUUGUAUUUUCUUUCUUUGAUCAUUUAAAAAAUACAGAAAUUGUACCCAGCAUGCUCUUCUGAGAUAUCAGCAUGACCCCUUAUGGACAGACAGUGCUGUGACAUCACAGACUGACUGUAGAGUCAGAGUUUCAUGAAAUAAAAAUGAUGGAUUUUGUUGUUGUGGUAUACUGUAAAGGGUAAUGGUUGAAUCUCACACAAAACAUGACCAGAUCAAUGUAUACACUCUUAAAAAACUCUCCUAAAUAGCACUUAAAGUGGUUCUUGGCUCGUAAUCUUAGAGGAACCAUUUUUAGUGCUAUAUAGCACAGAUGAAGUACCUGUGUAGCACCGGUGUAGAAACAUAUGUGAUAUGACCCCCAUAUGGUUCUCAUAGGUGCUAUAUACUGUAGCACUAUAAAUGGUUCCUCUAUGAUUACGAGCCAAGAACCACUUUUAGUGCUAUUUAGCACCGUUUGAUUUUAGAUUGUACCCCAGAAUUACAAAAAAAUACUUAGACUUUAAUGUAGAACUAAAUGCUGUUUUAGGACUCAUAUUGCCAUUUUAUUUAAUAGCAAAAUUCAGCCAUGUAAUAUUUUACUUGUAUAAAAAGUUGACUUUUUGUAAAUCGCAUCAAUAAUCAAUAUUUUUAUCACACUUUUUGCAGUGCAAUGUUUUAUCUUAACAAAUUAGUAGGGAUUUCUUUUAGAUUAAGUACUUUAAUCAGUUUACAAAGGAGUAAAAUCAGAAGCAAUUUUUCAUAAAGUAAGCUAUAGAGCCUUAGGGGGCAUGCACACCAAAGCUUUUACGCCGGCGUAUGUUUUCAAUUGUUUCCAAUGGAUGCGCAGCUUUUAAAAAAGCCAGCAGCUGGAGGUUUUUUCCACGCUGAAAGCUGGCACUCUGCGGUUUUUCUGCGUUUCAGCGCAGAAAGUAGAAAAAUAUUCAACUUUGAGUGAAAAGCUCAUCAAUGUCAGUUCUUACACAGCCGUCCAAUCACAGUGUAGGAGGGGCGGGACAAAUAUCACAACCACCAAUCGGCACAUCAUUUAAUGACCGAUAAACAAAGCAGAAGAAUAACAGCAUCCAAAGCGCUCAGCUAAAAAGCUGGCAGUCAGCGUUUGCCUGACCUAUUCAGCCGCGUGUAAAAGCUUUGGUGUGCACAAACCCAUUAAGCCAAGGUCAGAAUAGAGAAGAGAUAAAAAAGAAUUGAUUUAUAGAAAGUGUUUUAAUUGUAGAUUAAGUUGGAAGCUCAUUACACCACAGAAAGUAUUGAGAAAGUGUACCGUAUGUCACUGAGAAAAGUUUAGAAACUGAGUUGAUAUGAAGUAAAGUUUAGGUACGAGAGUGCCUACCCUGUAAGCUUGACUGUCAUAUCUUAUUUUUCCUUUUGAUUUUAGGGUGAAUUAUGAUCAGGAUGUGUUCUUGACAAGUUUAUUGAUGGCUUCAUAAUUUCAAUAAAGAGCUAGAUUGUAAACUUUUGUUUCCAGUAUUAUGUAUUCUGAGAUAACACGAGUAAGGCACGCACGAACAUGGGUGUCGGACUCGGAAGCCAUAAAAAUCUCUUCCAAUGCAUCUCUUCCAGAUGUGAACAGUGUUGGGGGAAAGUUACUUUUAAAAGUAAUGCAUUACAAUAUUAAGUUACUCCCCAAAAAAGUAACUAAUUGCGUAACUUAGUUAGUUUUCAUGGAAAGUAAUGCUUACGUUACUUUUGCGUUACUUUUUCUUUCUUGGCUG